UGAAUGAAAAUGUGAGCACCCUCAACCUCAUGUUGAGAGAUAAGCACACAAAGGAAUGGGAGACGAAGACACAACAUGGGAGCAAAGGCUCAAUGCCUUAACUCACAUCCUCAUCAACCCAACAACCACACCACCUCUCCAUGCCCAGUUCUUCAUCUCCACCCAAAUUCCAUGCUACCUAAACUGGGACUACCCACCAGUCCUCUGUACCAAAUCCCCUUCUUAUACUCAUCUCAAAUGGGGCAUCUCUAUCUUCCUCAAAAGGGUCUUCAAACUUGGGCCCCCUGAGACUUCCUGGAGGUCCAAGUGCCCAUAUCAGAUCCCUCCACCAUUGAUUCUUGCUAAAGGAGUAGAGGAAGCUCAGUGGGAUCCAGAGCAGAAGAGACUGUACUUUAGGAAGAGGCUGAGAAGAAAACGCUUUGCGCCUGAUGUUAAUCCUUGGAUUCCUUUUCUAAUUCCCAAUAUGUUGUUGUUAUCUCUUCUUCUCUGGAACCCAUAUCCCGAAAAUUGAUUCCUGUUAAUCUUAUCUGGGUUUACGGGAAAUCUGUGUUUUAUUAAUGCUUGAUUUAUUAUAUUAAAGAAUGAAUCUUUCAGCUGAAA